CUUAAAGACUUGUUUUCAUUCUCUUUUCCUCAUUGGCUCCCGGCGAACAGGUCUCAUGAGUUUGGGAAAUUUAAAUGUCAGUUCAACGAUUUGCUGAAGGCGACGGUCAGAUAACAGUAGUGCAAACUUUGUAAGAGGAAAGAAGAUACCGUGACGCGUCUUAUUUUUGCCUUUAGCCAACUUUAUGUAUAAAGGUAUAUAGGCGCAAAUCAUUUCGACAAUAGAUUAGAGUGUUAGACCACUCUGCUGCGAUUUCGAAACUACCGACUAUACAAUCAACCAAUAAGAACGUGGCUCCGCCCAUUGGUCAAGUCCUUCCAUCGAUACGACGUCAGAACACGGUUGUACUCGCUAGUAACCGGCGCUGUCACGAAGCGGCUUGACACUCGAUUAUUAUAGAAGGCACAUAGUACACGCCACUGCCAAAAUUGUCAACAGCAAGCGGUAGGGACGCGGGUCAACGGAUUCAUUCAACUGCCUGCAUCAAAGCCCGACCUCUUCGGCCUGCAUCCUCAUUUUAACUGUCCGAAUCGUCAUGCAAGCACUUUCUACUCACAAGUCUGCUACGGGUGUUAAUAGAAAGAAGAAAGAGCUCUCUUCCAAAAUGGGCGAACAAUUGUCGAACCAAGUGGCAAAUAUGAAAGAACAACUUAACGAUAUUUUGAAAGGAAGUGAAAAGAAAGGAUCGAUUGUGCGACGAGCAGCUAUGGGCUUGAAAGAGCGAUUGAAAUCACCAUUGAGAAUCCGAACUUCAGGAAAAGAAAAUAAGGAAAAUAUUACGCCCCGAUCGUCUAAGUCUCAGAAGUCGAAAGGCAUUAAAACAAGUUUGAAGAAAAGCGCUCCGUCUCCUGUUUCUCUCUCUCGUCAAGUUCUUCAAAAUGUGGCAAAAAGUUCGAAAGUGAUAAACGACACAUCCGUUUGGACGGCCACAGAAGAUGAAGAUGAGGAUACGACAUUCCGUGUUAAUAUUGAUAAUAUUAGUGCCAUAUCUAAGCAAUCUACAGAAACUAACCGCCAGCAGAAAUCAGUCUUAGACGCUACUGGAAGAAUGUGUUCUACUUUCAGUUAUCCUCUACAUUCUACUCUCGCUUAUCCUCAAAAUAGUACUCGAAUUGAUUUCGAUCCUCCUAGUUUCCUACCGCCCCUCAGUCAAAGGGGAGAACCGGAAGGUUGUGAAAAUGUUACGCCCGUUAAGAAGUCCGUAAGCGGACAGCCGGUAGUUCGGCAGAGGAAACGAAAGUGUUUCGGCACUGAUGAAAUAAGGCACAGGUGUAAAUCUCUCAGAAGAACCGACAUAGUUGAAACAGACGACGAAGACGAACUUCGAAUCUACGAUCUGACAGAACGCGUUAACAACGCUUCGAUAAACGCAACUCGUUCCUCUCCGCCUGCCUUUGAAGACCUAGAAUCAACAAUUGUUGCCCGAAGGUCUCCCCUCCGUAAGUGUGACUUACGAAGUCUUGGCACAGGGGCAUCUUGCAGAGGAACCCCAGCCAGUUCAUACUGUUCAUCCCGAAGGCGCCGGCGCACACAUAUGCAGACUCUCGCUCGUUUAUAAACUUUCUCGUAUUUAUUUAUUUUUUUAUUUAUUGUUCUCGUUCUCGCAAUCUUUUUUUUAUUAAUUGUACGUAUGUUUGGUUAUUAACAAAAUGCAAUACAAC